CUGAUUUGAUUGGUUUUCUAGUCUGAUGCUUAAAUUGAUAUUUUCAUCUUUUUUAGCAAAUUUACAUCAGGAAUCAUCGUAGUGUCUGCGCUACAAGGUUCAUAAUGUGCUCAUUCAUAUAAAUGAUUGUAUAGAUUGACGUAGAAAUCCCACAAGCAAGUUGAAAACCCACUGAAAAUAAUUUAACCAAAUAAAGGUUGGACCAAUCAGGUUGCAUGUCUUAGAUUUCUAAAGCAAAAUGUUGAACAAGAAGAAGUGUGGAAAGUUUACAAGAUUUCAACCAAAGUUGAAUUAUUAGAGCAACCUUAGAAAUGUGAAUAGCAAUUUAGAUUCGACAGACCGACACAAAGUAAGCUUUUAAGAUGUCAAAAACAGAUGCUGAAGCAGACAAAUUGACCAGGAGGGGUGCUGACACUAAAUUUAUUGGCAAAUCAGAAAAAGGAAAUACCAUGAAUGAAAAGACUGCUUUGGAUCAACCACUUGCCUUACGGAAAAGUGCACGAAGCUCAGCAGGGAUCAACCUGAGCAAACUUGAAACAAUGGCUUCAGUCACUGCUGCACUUACACGGAACUCAAAACCAGAGCCCGAUCCAAAGCCUUUGACCCCAAAAGCAACAACAAAGCUAUCAAAGCUGAAGAAUUCAGAAGACUCACCUAAGAUAACUCCCACAAAAGCUUCAAGAGAAUCACCUCCAGCCACGUCAAAACAUAGAACACCUCCAUCAGCCGGAGGUGAGGGAGGUAGGGGCCCUAAGCUCAGAAGGAGGGACAGUGGCAGGCCGGACAGUCAGAAUGAUUUCUUCUGUUGGGUGUGCCACAAGGAAGGCAAUGUGAUAUGCUGUGAGCUAUGUCCCAGGGUCUACCAUGUGAAAUGUCUUCUAAUGGACCAUGAGCCACCUGGGGACUGGGUGUGUCCAGAAUGUCAGAAGAUAAUGAAGGCAGAAUGUGUAGAUUCAAGGUCACCCUCAAUGGCUCAGGUGACCAUAGAUCAACUCUGCGUCCUACUCAAGUUUGCACUGCAACGCAUGAAACAUCAAGGGAGUGAGCCAUUUCAGACACCUGUCAAUUUGAAUCUUGUGCCAAACUACACUGACUACAUAUUCCACCCAAUGGACCUAGCAGUGAUAGAAAAGAAUAUCAAAAAGAAACAGUAUGGCUGCACAGAGGCUUUCUUGGCUGACUGCAAAUGGAUUCUUCAUAACUGUAUCAUUUUCAAUGGAUUGCAUCAUAAGCUUACUGCAGCUGCCAAGAUGAUAUUGAAGGUCUGCAAACAUGAGAUGAAUGAGAUAGAGAUAUGUCCUGACUGUUACAUGAACUCCUGUAUAAAGAGAAAUGACAAUUGGUUUUGUGAACCAUGUCGAACUCCCCAUACUCUUGUCUGGGCCAAGUUGAAAGGAUACCCCUACUGGCCUGCAAAGGUUAUCAAGGAAGCAGGGGAUAAUAUUGAUGUGCGGUUUUUUGGUGCCUAUGAUAGAGCAUGGGUGACAACAUCUCAGAUAUAUAUGAUCUCUAAACAGUGCCCGAUAUCUGUUACAAAGCGGAAACAAGGCUUCGAGGAAUCAGUAGCUGAACUAGAACUCCAUAUCAAAAGAUUGCAAGAGAAGUUUGGGCCAUUCGCUUACUACCCUUACAGAACUCCCUAUGACAGUGACUACCCUUACUCUUACAACAGAAUCCAGAAAUCUCCCCAGAAAUCCAAGAGGAAGCAGGUGCAUUCUCCCAGUGAUCUGUCAUCUGUGAAAGGAAAAUUAAUCUCCCCAGUACAGGAGUCUUCCAGUGUAAAAGCAGCCAAAGUUGUGCUGAAGAAAGUGCUUAAGAGCUCAUCAGAUAAAACUGAUUUAAGAUCACCACUCUCCAAGAGAAGGAGGUUUAUGAAAUUAGACACCAAUUCAUCAACUGAUGUUAGUAAAUCAGAAACUGUUUUUGCAGGCAAUAGUAUAGGUAAAGACAGAAUUAAAAGUGAAACUGAAAGUGUUGAUAAUUCAUCUGAGACUGAUAAGGAAAUCACCAAGCCUGUACACACAAAAUCUGAAAGAAAAGCCACUAGAUCUAAAAGUGGGGAUGUGAAGACUGAAAGUGAGGUGGUCAAACAUGAAAAAGAGACUUUGAAUACAGAGCCAUCUUUAGUUGAAUCAAAAAAUAUUUCAGGGACAUUUGGUGCUAUUGAUCAAAAAACAUCUUCCAUUGAGAACACAGAAUCUAUUACCAACCCUCAAGUUAACCCAAGCAAGGCAGAAUCUAAAGAUAAUAAAGAGAGAAAUCCAACAAAGCCAACUGACUCUAACACAAUAAAAACUGAUUCAGAAUCUAAAUCUACAGACAAUAGAGCAGUUAUUGAGGCAUUACCUGCAACCCCAGAUCCAGAAAGGCCUGUCACUCCUGCAGACAUUGACUCUGAAGAUGACGAUGAUGUGACCAUCAGGCCUAGUAUUGACCUUACUAAGACACCCCCAAAGGCAGAUAAAUUCCAUGAAAAUCUCCAGAAGACGAUAGCAUCAUGCAAGGCCAAGCUUGGCAUGAGUGGAGAUAGUGACCAGGGUGAAGUUGACAGCGAAGAAGCAUCACUUGAGGAAGAAGACUCUGAGGCUUCUACACCUGGGGAGACAUCCUCUGAGGAAUCAGAACACAGCAAUAGUAGUGAAGAGGAUGCUACUUUGGGUUCCCCAGAAUCAUCUCCAGAAAAAUUGACGACCGACCUUGUUGAGCAAAGCUCAUCAGAGAGUGCAUCCCUUGCUAGUGAACAACCUGUCACAGCUGUAAGUGAGAACAUGCCUGAAACAAUUGAAGAGAUCCCACCUGAAACAACUGACACAACAGAAUCACCCAUGAGCUUAAACCCAAAGGAACCUCCAAAUCAGAAAACCUCUCCCCCUGUAGAAACCAGUAAAUCAAACAAAAGUCCUCAACCUGAGGAGCUAACUUCCAUUACUAAUGACAAUGCAGUUGAGCACAUGGAGGUUGAUGAACCUAAAACUGACUCAGAAUUAGCACAAGCUGUUGAUUCAAACACAAAACCAACUGAUUCGUCAAACCCUGAAAAUCCAAAACUGAAAGACAAUGCUUACACACAGCAAAUUGAUAAACUUGAAGCUGGAGAUAAACCUGAAAAACAAGUUGCUGAAAAGUCUGUGAUCGAAGCUGAAAAUAAAUCCGAAAAACACCAAGCUGGAAAGUUUGUGAUCGAAGCAGAAGAAGAAUCUGAAGAUUCUGACCCUGAUCACUUAGUUAUUGACAUGGAAACCAGCUCAGAAUCUCCUCAGCCACCAAUGAAAAUUGCCAAAAAAUCCUCACCACUUCCAGAAGAUAUAUUGACUGCAGAUAAAAAAUCCAGCCCUAGCCCAAGUACAAAAAAUGAUGAGCAGAAACUGAAUAAUGGAGAGAAGUGGCAACAGAAAAGACUUCAACGAGAAGCAGAAAAAGAAAAGGCAACUAAAAUGUCUCUCAUAAAGAAAACCAUAGUGCAAUCUCUUCAGUCACAGGUUCAGUCCCUGCAACCAAUCCUUCCCAAACCAGGAGGGAAUGCAUCACCAGCUUUGAGUUUGACAAAGGUGCAACCUGGCAGCAUGGGGCAGGCUAAGGCACUAGGUCAAGCUCAGACCCCACCACAGUCUAUUCAUGGCAAGCAAAUGGAGCAACAGAUUCACCAGAGUUCAAUCCAAAAACUAACUAACAUUACACAGGGUCUACAAGAUCCCAAGGCAAGUGGUGACAAUAAAAGAAUCACCCCUGAUGUUGCUAAGACCAAGCCAAGUAUGGCAGACGUGCAGCUUAUGACACAACCACCCAUCUGUGUUGACAAAUAUGCAGACAAAGUGACUGGUGCUUUGAAGCAAGCCAUGGCUGAAAUGUACACUGAUGUUGUACAGUCAAACGCUGCCAGUGUACACUUCAAACAAGAGAUUGAGAAAAUGCAAUGGGCAUUUCAGCAAGAACUUUUGGAGUUCAAGCACAAUGCAGAGCUUACAAUAAUUGAGAUGAGGGCAAACCUAGAGAAUGACAAACAGCGUUCCCUGAACAAUAUGCGCAGUAUGUUUGAUAAAGAGCUGGAGCAAGCUGUUGAGGAAACUAAGAAAAAACAAUGGUGUGCCAAUUGUGGUAAAGAGGCAAUCUUCUACUGUUGCUGGAACACCAGCUACUGUGAUUACCCCUGUCAGCAGUCUCACUGGCCUAAACACAUGGCCACCUGCACCCAGGGUGGAACCCAGGGGGAGCAGGGGGGACAGGCAGAUGGAGAACCCACUCAACAACCCCCAUUACAUCCUCCUCCACAACAGAAUGAGGGUGGUGGCCUAGUUUACAACACACAACCCAACAACGCUACAAUCUUUGUCAAUCCUCAGCAGGUUUCCAUGGCGAACAUGGGACCACGCCUAGUAGGCCCCAUCAUGCAACAAGGGCAAUUUGGACCAAAUAAUAAUAAUGGUGUUCAGUCUGUGAUGUACCCAUUACUGAGGUCCCAACCACCACAAAUGGGUGUACCCCCACGAUCUAUGGUGCUUACACAACAGUUUCAUCCUAGAGGAAUGCCAAGAUGGAACAAUCAAGGGAGACCUUAUUGAGCGACAGUUUUGUCCUGUAGACAGUAAACCUUAUAAUGUAUAUACACCAAGGGCGAACGUAAUAUCCGGAACGUUCGCAAAUUGGCGUUCGGUUUUUUACCGCUGUGCUAUAUAUUGCUGUCAUACAGGUACUGAGGUAUAACUGUUAUACCCUGCCACAAUAUAGGAACAAUAUCCUUGCACUGGAAGAUGUUAUGUCAUAACGUCUGCAUUCAGAAAAGCCUAGUACUAUGAGCUGGACAUUUAUCCAUUUGUUUCUCCUAAGUGAGUAUGCAAAGGUCUGGCUAUGGAUUUAUGGCUCUGCAUUUUGUCAUCACCAAAAAGUGGUGACAUAUUGUUAUGGUCUCCGUUUUUUGUGACGAUGAUUGGCGGUCAGCAGUUGGCAUCU